AUGCUUCGGCAUCGCUCUUGCAAUUUUUAUAGCUCUGCAAAGAAAAAAGAUCCAUAUGACGUUCUUGGCAUUCCAAAAAGCGCAUCUGCUGCUGCCAUUAAAAAGGCAUACUUGGGUUUGGUUAAGCAAUUUCACCCGGACACAAACAAAGAUCCCGCAGCGAAAGAGAAAUUCGUUGAAGUACAGACGGCCUAUGACAUUCUUUCUGAUGACCAAAAAAGAGCCUCUUUUGAUGCAAAUGGCUAUCAAGAGAACGAGGACUCGCAGCAUCCUGAUCCGGCCGAUAUUUUCAAGUCUUUUUUUGGGGCUGGACGUUCUAGCCGUCCUGGUUCAGGAAGCGCUUUCGAUCCAUUUGCCGAUCUUUUUGGAACCCAUGCCUUUCGCGGGACAUCCCGAGGCGGAAAGAGAAUUUCAGAGGACAUCCAAAUGAGAAUUACUCUUACAUUUCUGGAAGCGGCGCUUGGUUGCGUCAAGCCGAUUACUCUCUCACGGUGGGAGCAAUGUGGAACAUGCUCUGGAUCGGGGAUAACUCCGGGAACAACUAUGGCUACAUGCAAAGGAUGCGGAGGGCGUGGAGCGAAGGUCUUUUCUCGCGGAGGAAUGGUGAUCGAGGUUCCAUGCGAUACAUGUGAUGGUACCGGAUCACACAAUCCAAAUCCAUGCAAAAAGUGUUCGGGAGACGGCAUCCAUCGCAGUGCCUCCCCAACCCCAAUAGAGGUGCGAAUUCCGGCCGGCGUUGACUCUUCCACCCAGCUUGUGAUGGAGGGCAUGGGAAACUCCAUGGGAACAGGCUCACGAGCCGGAAAUCUUUUAUUGCAAUUUAAGGUAGGCCUUGGCCGUCAUAAUGGACUUUGUAUUUAG